AUGUACCAACACAAUUUAUUCCAUGGCCUUCUACGUCAGCACAAGAAAUUCGACUCAGAGAAGAAGUUCGAUGCAUUUCUGGCCUACUCCAGCGCCGACUCAAAACUCAUCCCCGAAUUCGUGGAAAGGCUGGAGAAGGGAUCCCCAAAGCUGCGUCUCUGCUUCUACGAGCGCAACUGGCCUGUGGGUGAAGUGAUUUCUGACCUCAUUCUGCAUUCAGUGGAGAGCUCCAAACGAACUAUCAUCCUGAUGACUAGCAAUUUUUUAAAAUCGGACUGGGCCCGCUUUGAACUAAUAACGGCGAUUAAAGCAACCUCCAAAGAUAAAACUCUGCGCCUCAUUAUAAUUAUGUAUCCGGAUGUAAAAAGCACCAAGCAGCUCGGUAGAAAGAUCAACGAUUACCUCAUAUUUACGACCUAUUUGAAACGCAACGAUCCCAAUUUUUGGAAUAAGCUGAUUUAUGCGAUGCCCCACGACACAACCGAGCCCGAAGAAGGCGCAGAUGAAUUCGAGUUAAUGCGCCUGCCAACAUAA